AUGCCUGAGGAAUACGACGUCGUAAUAGUCGGUGCCGGUCCCGUAGGACUGAUGCUAUCCCUCUGUCUGACCCGCCUGGGUCCCUACAAGAUCAAACACAUCGACAACCGCGCCGAGCCAACAACUAUCGGCCGCGCGGACGGCAUCCAGGCCCGAACUCUGGAUGUCCUGAAUACAAUGGGCUUAAAGAGACCCAUAUGGGCAUACAACCCGGGCCUCAUCUACGAGGUUGCCUUCUGGGGCGCGACCGAAGAUAGGAAAAGCAUCCAGCGGACCGGUACCAACAAGAGCUACCCGGACCACAUCGACACCCGCUACCCAUUCACCACUAUCCUUCACCAGGGCCGCAUUGAAGGCGUCUUCCUUGAGGAUCUACGGUCACGCGGGGUCGAGAUACAGCGGCCGUGGACGAUCCGCGACGCGAGAUAUCGUGGACCCGGGUCUGAGUACCCCGUCGAUGUGGACCUUGUAAGCAUCGAUGGCUCGGCCAAGGAGACGGUCAGGGCUAAGUACCUGUUUGGCGCAGACGGAGCUCGCAGUGCCGUGCGUAACUUAUUGAAGAUUCCUAUGAUCUAUAAGGAUCCGACUGUGCAUGUGUGGAGUGUGAUUGACGGGGUGGUGAAGUCGGAUUUUCCGGAUAUGCAGAUGAAAUGUACCAUCCGUUCGCCGCGCGGCUCUUGCAUGAUCAUCCCCCAAGGCAACAACCGCGUCCGCAUAUACGUCCAGAUCUCGCCCGAAGAAGGCAAGGAGUUGUCCGCAGCUGCCUCACAGGCCAAAAUCCAGCGCAUGGCCAACGAGAUUCUAAGCCCAUACCAUGUCGAAUGGGAGUACGUCGAUUGGCACUCAACCUACCACAUCGGCCAGGGCAUCUCUCAGCGAUACUCGCUGGACAACCGUAUCUUCAUCGGCGGUGACGCCUGUCACACCCACAGCCCCAAAGCCGGUCAGGGAAUGAACUACGGCCUGUUGGACUCCCACAAUCUAGCUUGGAAACUCCAUCUUGUAGAAUCCGGCCUGAUGCGCCCGGAGCUGCUACACACAUACGAGGAGGAACGCCGCGCCGUCGCCUCGCGGCUGAUCGAGUUUGACGCCACCUAUGCCGGUCUCUUCAGCUCACAAAACCUCUCACAGCAGACCAACGACGAGUUCGUCCGCAUAUUCAAGCAGAAUUCCCUGCUGACCAGCGGCUACGGCGUGGAAUACCCGCCCAACAUCCUCACCCAUGUCGGCGAACCCGCCGACGACAUCUCUCUCCCCUCAGUGAACGCCCUCCAGCCGGGCCGCAGCUUCCCACCGAUUAACGUGACGCGCGUGAUUGACGCUUGCGAGAUCCCGUUGGAGCGCGAGGUCCCCUUCAACGGCAGCUUCCACGUGUACGUGUUCGCCGGUGAGCAACACCAGCAUCAGCAGAGCGCGCUAGCAGACCUAGCGGAACAUCUUUCCGGUCAGGAAUCGGUAUUCUCGCGCGUUCUUCACGGUCCCGUGGAACCGGAUUUGUCGUACGAGAGUAGACAUAACCCGCACUCGACGUUGUGUACCUUUUCCAUCGUGUUCAAUGCCGUGCGCGCAGCCGUCGAGAUCGGCGCUUUGCCGCAGUUCUUCCUGCCCUACCGGUAUCACAUCUACUCGGAUGAUGCGCGUAGCCGAAAGUCCCACGCUGGGGGUCAGGGCGCAGCGCAUGCGAAGUUGGGCUUCGACCCCCGGGAAGGGGGAGUGGUGGUUGUACGUCCCGAUGGGUAUGUUGGGUGCAUCGUGAGGUUGGUGGAGGGGAGAGCGACGGCUGAGAUGCUAGAUCGGUACUUCUCUGGUAUUUUGCCUGGUAGUCAGGCUAAUCAGCCGGUCCAGAGUAUGCUAUAG